AUGGUUAUCCUUUUCUGGCCUGUGGCCUUCUACGUGGCACGUUUGGAAAGAGAAGUUAGAAUGAGAAGAUACAGGAUGACACAUUCUGAGAAAAAAAGACUCAAGAAAUGUAAUCUCCUUCCAAAUUUUUCAGGUCUACAAGUGGCUGUUGGAUUACCCUUUCUUCUUAUCCUUUUAAGUCUCUAUUUGAUGCCACUGGGGAUUUAUUCUCCCUGCAUUCAGGAGAAGGAGAAUUUGGGGCCCAAGCCAACCAUCUUUGGACAUAGAGGUGCACCCACGUUGGGGCCUGAGAAUACCAUGAUGUCCUUUGAGAAAGCUGUUGAACAUGGGGCCCAUGGAUUGGAGACUGAUACACGCUUAAGUUAUGAUCAUGUGCCUUUCCUCAUGCAUGGCUUUGACCUGAGAAGAACAACCAAUAUCGGGGAAGUUCAGCCAGAAUCUGCCUUCAAGAACCCUGCCUUCUUCAACUGGGAUUUCCUGUCGACUCUGAAUGCAGGCAAAUGGUUUGUAAAACCAGAGCUCAGGCCAUUUUACAAUAUGAAACCUCUAUCAGAGGCAGAUACAGAAAGAGCAAGAAAUCAGUCAAUUCCAACACUAGCUGAUUUAUUGACACUUGCAGAGAAGGAAAGAAAAUUUGUGAUAUUUGAUCUUCAUGGCCCUCCACCAAAACAUCCUCUCAGACACACAUUUGUCCGCCAAGUAGUAAGUGUGAUCUUUGCCUCUAAAAUCGAGCAACAUCUGAUUUUUUGGUUGCCAACUCAUGAUAGGCAAUAUGUCAGAUCCGUGGCUCCUGGUUUUCAGCAUGUGGGCCAUUUAGUAUCCGUUGAAACCCUUGCUAAAAACAAUAUCAGUAUAAUAAAUGUUGACUACAAGAAGUUGUUCCCUAAUGGGUUAAGAGAUUAUAAAGCAGCUAACAUCCGUAUCAACGUAUACACCGUCAAUGAGCCUUGGCUUUUCUCAUUGGCCUGGUGCUCCAGGAUUAACUCAGUGACCACAGACAACAUUGGGCUCCUGAGUCAGCUUAAUCACCCUCACUUCUUCAUGACACCAAAGUUCUAUAUGUUCAUGUGGCUCCUUGCAGAUAUCAUUUCUGUGCUUUUUAUUGUUGUCAUAUUUUGUUUUCACUGGCGGAGAGAGACUAAAAAAGAAAAAUUGUUUGAAACCUCCAGCACGCCCACAGACACAUGCACACGUAUUGAGAAUGAGGAAGAUUUGCACAUAGCCAUGAAACCUCCUGCCCGAGUUGUGGAAAGUCCUUGGACUUUAGCAGCCCUCUACCCAGCUUUACCCAAGAGUGGAAAGGAACACCAAGGCCAUUUCAAUUUUGCAGCACCAUCCAAGAAACUACUACCUAUCAAGAAUGCUGUCACACCUUUGAAGCCUGGCAAGCAUGACAUUCAACCACCGAUGCCCACCACGGUCUUUGAACUCACCCAAGCACCCACCAGGUAGGCUACAAGUGAGGCUACCUUUCAGACUACAUUGCCCACCCUGAAGGUGGAUAAGCCAACCAUGCCCUCCAUAGAGGUCCCCUAU